AUAUGCUUUUCCCUUUGAAAUAUUCUCAAUCCAAAUAUUCCAGCCCUGUUUAUUGGCCCAAACCCACAUGCCCCUAACUACAUUUUAUAACCCGAACCGACCCGACCCGGAUAUAGGCACCGCCUUCAGGACCCUUCUUUGUCCUCUCUGGGAAACUCCAGAACAUGUCAUCACCUUGGGUCAUUCUUGUUGUAGAACUUUCUAGCUCUCGCUCAUUUGCUCGCACCACUUCUCUAUAAUCUCUCUUUUUUGUUGUCCAUUUCACUCUUCAACUCCUGAAACACCAAUAUUCUUGCUCGCUCUAAAACUCGUCAAAAUUCAAGAAAGAAGUGUUUUGUCAUUAGGAGUUCUUUUAACCCGUAUUCAUGGCUGAACAAGCAUACACGGUGGUAUCCGACAGUGAAACAACUGGGGAGGAAAAAACUUCAUCGACUUUCCCUGAGAUAGCAAUUGGGAUCGACAUUGGUACAUCUCAAUGCAGUGUGGCAGUUUGGAAUGGAUCUCAAGUGGAGCUCCUCAGAAACACGAGAAAUCGGAAAUUGAUGAGAUCAUAUGUAACCUUCAAAGACGAGGUCCCUGCUGGUGGUGUUAGCGAUGAACUGGCUCACGAGUAUGACAUGUUGUCUGGGGCUGCAAUAUUCAACAUGAAACGUUUGAUUGGUAGAGUCGAUACAGAUCCGGUGGUUCAUGCCAGCAAGAGCCUCCCCUUUUUGGUUCAAACUUUAGAUAUCGGUGUCAGGCCAUUUAUUGCAGCUCUUGUGAACAAUAUGUGGAGGUCCACUACUCCUGAAGAAGUUCUUGCUAUCUUUCUGGUUGAACUAAGAGCUAUGGCUGAAGUUAAGCUGAAACGUCCUGUGAGGAAUGUGGUUUUGACAAUUCCGGUAUCAUUUAGCCGAUUCCAGUUGACCCGAAUUGAACGAGCCUGUGCCAUGGCAGGGCUUCAUGUUCUGAGAUUGAUGCCUGAACCAACUGCAGUUGCUUUGUUAUAUGCUCAGCAGCAACAGCAGUCUUCACAUGAAAAUAUGGGUAGCGGGAGUGAAAAGAUAGCGCUUAUAUUCAAUAUGGGUGCUGGGUAUUGUGAUGUCGCUAUAACAGCUACAGCAGGUGGUGUUUCGCAGAUCAAGGCCUUGGCUGGUAGCACGGUCGGGGGUGAGGACCUACUUCAAAAUCUGAUGCAUCACCUCUUGCCAAACAUGGAUGAUCUAUUCUCAAGCCACGGAAUCGAAGAAAUAAAGAGGAUGGGGUUGCUUCGAGUUGCCACCCAGGAUGCCAUCCACAAACUCUCAUCUGAUAUUAGUGUCCCGAUCAAUCUUGACUUGGGAAAUGGAACAAAAUUAUCCAAGGUUCUUGAUAGGGCAGAGUUUGAAGAGGUGAACAAAGGAGUCUUCGAGAAGUGUGAGGCUUUGAUAAAACGUUGCUUGCAAGAUGCUAAACUUGAAGCGGAAGAUGUACAUGAUGUCAUAAUUGUUGGUGGCUGUUCCUACAUCCCAAUGGUUCGGAACAUCGUAACAAGUAUAUGCAAAAGAGAUGAGCUUUAUUCAGGAAUGAACCCAAUGGAGGCAGCUGUACGUGGUGCAGCGUUGGAAGGAGCAGUAGCUUCGGGAAUUAGUGAUCCAUUUGGUAAUUUGGACCUGUUAACCAUUCAAGCAACUCCAUUAAGCAUUGGCAUACAAGCUGAUGGAAGCAACUUUGUACCAAUUAUUAAUCAGAACACCACAACACCAGUAAGGAAAGAACAGAUUUUCACUACUGUCCAUGAUAACCAAACUGAAGCAUUGAUCCUUGUUUACGAAGGUGACGAGAAAACCGUGGAAGAGAAUCAUCUCCUAGGGUAUUUUAAGAUCACAGGAAUACCUCCAGCACCAAAAGGUGUUCCAGAGAUAAACGUGUGCAUGGAUAUUGAUGCUUCCAAUGUCCUGAGAGUCUUUGCUGGCGUAAUGCUGCGCGGGAUGCCUUAUAUGGAAGUUAGGAUGCCUACAGUUGAUGAUGGGCAUGGCUGGUCUGCUCAAGCUUUGCAUAAAACAUAUGGCUCUAAUUUAGAUGUGGUCACAGUUCAGAAGAAGACACAGCAUUGAGAUUGAUGAUGAAUAGAUGAUAAUGUAAAGAGACAUAUGGGGUGUUUGUUAGUAGUGAAAAAUGUGGCAACUGUUUUCUUGUAAAUAUGUGUUAAAGAUUUUUACAUCUGCUGGAGAAUAAUCUCGGGUUGUUGCUGGAGAAUAAUCUUGGGUUGUGUGUGUUGAGACUUGAGAAUAAUAGUUAUGGAACUGUUGUAACUUUGUCACAGAAAAUUUAGAAUUUCAUAUUUCCAUGGAUCUUUUUCAAAGUAA